CCAAAUCAUUUUAUGAUUGAUGUGUCAGCUGGAAGCGCAAUUGGACUUAUUAAAGAAGGAAAAGCAGGACUACAUAUCUAGGUGUGCAGCAGAAGCCAGAAGGAUGGCUGAGGAAGUUGAAACAGAGACUCGAAAGUCGGAUCUGGUUGAAAGAGAGGCAGCGGAUUUUCUGAAAGCAUCAAAUGCCAAAUUGCAGGAAAUAAUUGCACAAACUGAGGAAGAGGUGCAGACUUGUGCUCUUGAACUCUUUGCUGUUGUUGAUACAGUUUCAAAAUAUAAAGAGUUUGUUACAUCAAAAAUUGCCACGAUGAAGAAUGCUCUUGCAGAAACUGCGGGGGCUGUAGCGGAUAUGCAUAAAGCCGGUUUACCUGGGUCUGUUGCAAGCCGGUGAUAUUAAGCCUCUUAUAACAAUUACAGUUCUCUCUUUAAUUAUCUUAUGUUUCUUAGUUGUUACUAAUAUUUAGUCAAAUAUAAAUAUUUAGGUGUAAAUGCCCGGUGCGGGUAAGCAUUUACCAUCUUUAGUAGCACUCCUAGUCUAUGGUUUUGCAAUGGUUUACUCGCUUCCCUGAUACAUUUGACCCAAUAUCAAGAUAGUUUGCUUUACAAAUUUUAUUGUACAAAGUCUGUGAUCCUCUUUUUGGGAUAGUGAAUUUUAUCGAAUAUUGAUGGA